AUGAAAAACAAGGAUUAAUUGAAUUUGUGUUUCCGAUUAGUCUAAUAUUGCUUACCUAAUUUAAGACUAAGAAAUUAAUUUAUUAUAAUAGUAGCAGUAUUUGUUAUGUUGAUUGUUGCAAUAUUUGCUUUAUGGAAUUUAGCUCAUUAGUCUAUUUUGAAUAACCUAUUUUUAGCAGAAUCUGAUAUAUUACAUGAUACUUAAUCAAAAAUAAGAAUAUCAUUUAUGUUGAAUAACUAUAAAUCUUAUUUCUAUUAAAUAUUUGCUUUAAGUAAUCAAUUAUUUCUAAAUCUAGAUGGAAAUGCUCUCAUUUCAUUUCAUAGAUUGUAUUUAAGAACCAAAAAAGAAAUAAUGAAAAGCUCACUUGAAAUUGAUGAAAGGUUUCAAAUGGAAUAUGAAGGAAUGAUAUAAAUUCCAGAUCCUUUAAGAAUUCUAAAUGAAUAUGGUUCUAAUAUCUCAAACUCAUUUAUGUGUUACUCCAACACUUCAGCCUACAAUAAUCCAUUAACUGAAGAACAAAGAAUAGGAAUAAAAUUAUAAGAAUAAAUAUAGGCCUAUGGAUAAAUAUUAUAUUAAGGAUCAUUAAUAAUGCAAUCAAAUAUAUACUCUUAUAUUGAUCUAUAAAAAAUAAAUAAUUUAUAUCCAUGUGUCAAUAGAGGCAAAGGUAUUUAUACUUAUGCUCCUGAGAAAAGAGAUUGGUACAAAACAUUAAAAUAAACAUAUUUCAAUACCACGAAGUAUGAUUCUUAUACAUUUAAAUUUACUGCUCCAUAUUUAUGUGAUUAUUCAUUUAUUAUUAGAAAGUGUUUACAUAUUAAACAAUAGGAUUAUCAAUGACAUUACCAAUAGUGGAUGAAAAUGUUAAAUUUGUAGGAGGAGUUUCAUCAACAUUUUUAGGUUCAAAAUUAGUGUAAUAUCUAUCAAAUAAUGAAACAGGAUUUCAAUUAAUAUAUUUGGUUUCAGAGGAUGGUACAUUAAUUAUGCAUCCUUUUACAGUUAAAGUUGAAUAAUUACCACUUUAUAUUUUUAAUGAAUCUUAUACUGGAUUUAAUUUAACAGAUUGGGAUGAAAUUAAAAAGAGUGAUGGAUUAUCUUCAUGUUAAACAUUUAAUCUUAGAACUACUUUAAAAUGUAGAUAUAAUUCAGUUACUCAAUAAGAAAUGAUUGUCAGCAUUGAAAAUCUAAUUGAGUAUAAAAUGUAUUUAAUAAUGUAAUAAAUUAUUGAAGACAAUAAAUAGGUUAUUAAGUAGUGA